GUUGCAUGCUGGGAAGGCACACGGGUCUGACUUGUGUCCUGUGGUUCAAACAAACACACAAACAAACAAUACAAGUUGACCUGUAAAUGAUUGAGCUGUAAGAUGGAUGAGUGCGCACUGUGGUGGAUUAUGUUCGAGUCCGGACGCAUCGUGACCGUGUGCGAACAAAAAGUCAAGAAUCAAAACGCAAAGCUGCUGGGAACCUCUGGACAGCUCUUGGACUAGAAUCAUGAAACUGCAUCAAGAUACAGAGGAAGCGAAGCUCAACAGGAAGAGUCUCAAACCUCAAGUGGAGAGACGCCGAAGAGAGAGAAUGAACCGCAGCAUGGAGAGCCUGAAGACCCUGCUGCUUCACAAACAGGAAGAGACUCAACGCAGAGUGGAGAAAGCUGAGAUACUCGAGCACACGGUCCUCUUCCUCCAGAGCACCGCCAGAGGAGACAGGCUGGGAUGUGGCGGCGGAGCUCAGAGACUCUCCUUCCAAGACGGCGCCUCCUCCUGUCUGCAGAGAGCGGCGCAGUUCCUGGGACCCCAGGGGAAAGGCCUGUGGCUCGGAGCGGCGCUGGACGCGUCUUUCGCUGCACGCGUUGCCCGGUCAGACCCCGAUCCCACCGGCGUCCAAAGGAGCACCGAGGUCCGGUCCCCCACCAGCUCCGCCAGCCCUCUGCUCCUCAGGAAGUCGUCCGUAUCGACUCUCCGGCUGCUCAUAAACAGGUCCAGACUGUGCAAACCUGCAUUAAAUGCGGCCAGCUGUGUUCAGAACCGAGUGGACUCACAUCGUUCCCCCUCAGCUCCCCAGCAGACCCACACAGUGACGAGCAGAGCGAGCAAACAGAGCCCGUCUCAAAGCCUCCCGGUCAGCCAGUCUCUGUGGAGGCCGUGGCCCUGAACUUCCAAUGAAAUGACUCUAACAUGCUGAUUAAUGUGUGUUCUUCAUUCGUCUUUCUACAAGGACAUUCCCAGUGCAAUGUAUUAAACACGGGCCUGCGGCUCAGUGUAAACUCUGAUGAAUCUGUAAAUAACGAAAUUUAUUAUUUAGAUCGAAUCAAGUGCUGCUAUUCUGCCUGUGCAGAACAACUCGACAUACAUGUGUCAUGUAUGCAAUAUUUUUUGCACCUUAAUUUAUUUUAUUUGUCAUUGUUA